CUGAACACACCGCGUAGCAUUAAUCGCAAACGAAAACGGUCAUCAGCUGCAGCAGAUAAAGUUGCAUUCUUUUAUACACAAAUUUAAGACUUCAUUAAAAAUUUAGCAGGCUACAGCGAAUAAUGUGGCUUCAGUUAAAAACGAGAAUUUCUUUGCUAAUCCUGCAACUGAUCGGCUUGAACGGCGUAUUGGUAGCCGGCGACAGUCAGCGAACACGCGACCAAAUAUACACAAGCAUUAGCGGUGCCAGCUGUUUCAGACGCCUCAAUGGCACGCAUCAGACAGGUUGCUCUUCAAAACAAUUCGGCUCCGUUGGUGCGCUGCAUCUAAUACAAGUUGUAGAAGAUUUUGAAUUUUUACUGCGAAACCCACCUGCGCCUCCAUAUGCACCAAUGAUACCACCUCGCCUCUUCACACGCCAAAAUAUGCUGCGUUUGAAGAACGAAGGCAAAAAUAAUAUAUCUGUAGUGUUGCUCAUCAACGAUGUCGAUAAGAUGAUUCAAUUCUCACAUGAACUUACAUGCCCAAAUCAAUAUAGUGGCUUAUUAUUGCCUGGCAGCAAGGAAACAGCGACAUGCGAUACGCAAAAUGCGGCGAAUUCGUGGAAUCCUUGGGGUACUGGACUGCUACAUGAAGACUUCCCCUUCCCCAUAUAUUACAUAGCAGACGAAGAGGAGGUCUAUAAGCUGAAGUCAUGUUUUGACAAAUUUAACAAUUUCGAUUACGAAGGACAUGCUACACGAAGUCUUUGCGCUGUAGAAGUAACUACAUUUAUGUCGGCUGCGGUUAAUUCAGAAGUUUGCAUGCGUCGAACGAAUUUCAUCAACAAUUUGGGGCCCACUAAGUUCUGCGAUCCCUUAGAGGGCAGCAAUGUUUAUGGCACACUUUACCCACGUAACUUUGUAGGAAGUACAGUGUCCGAAGAGAGUUCUCAAGUACGCAAAGUUGACCCAAGUGAAAAAUUUAUUUUAAUCAGUUGUAGAAUGGAUACUACGUCAAUGUUUGAAGGAUUAGGUCUGGGUGCUAUGGAUUCGUUAAUGGGUUAUGCGACAUUAAUGAGUUUAGCGGCAACUUUAAAACAAUACCUUCCAAAGAACUAUGCGGAUUUAACCACGAAAAGCAAUAUACUCUUUGUUAUAUUUAAUGGCGAAUCGUACGAUUAUAUCGGCUCACAACGAUUAGUCUAUGAUAUGGAAAAUUUAGAGUUCCCCUUAAGCUCAACCCAAACAGCACCGAUCUCUUUCGAAAAUGUUGAAUUAAUGAUCGAUAUUGGCUCAUUAGAUGAUAUCUCGACAAUAAAUGUGCAUGCAUUAAAUGCAACCGAUGAAGUGAAGGCAUUCGCAAUGCUUUUGAGUUCGCAUGGACAAAAUUUCAAUAUACAAUUUGAGUUAAAUGUGGGCAAAAGUUUGCCGCCUACUUCAGCACAAUCAUUCUUACGUAAAAUACAAACAUUCCCUGCAUUUAUAUUAAACGCGAAGCCGCAGAAUAGAUACUAUCACUCCAUCUAUGACAAUGCGGCAAACGUGAACUUCACCUACGGUAACUACACUGAACAAAACUACACUAAGCUCAUGUCCACAGAGGAGGCACUACGCUUUUUCACUGCCGAUUCAUUACAAAUGAAGAUACGCAAUGUGUCAACAAGUGUGGCAUUGACAUUGGCACAAUUACUCUUAAGUCAAGAGCGUACAGAUAAGCAAUAUGCGAGUCCUUUGUUAGUGGAUGAGAUUUUGCAUUGUUUUCUACAAGCGUCUGAUUGUCGGCUUUUCAAAGACGCUUCGCCUGUGAAUAGCCUGCCUGGCUUGCCAUUUCCACCAAUGCGUUAUAUCAGUGUUGCUGGCAGCCCGGCCGAGUCUGCCGGUUGGACUUAUCGCUUACUCGGCUUAUUGUUGUCAUCGGAAGAACCAGAUAUUACCGAAGCAAAUUGUAAACCAUUACCGCUACAAUGGAUUACCGGUCAAAAAGGUGUAGGCGAAUGUCGACGGACUACGCAUAACUAUAGCCCCGCCUUGAGUCCCGCAUUUUUAAUCGAGAACUAUGAUUGGAAAUCUGGUGAAUACUCAACCUGGACUGAGUCGACUUGGACACAGUUCAGUGCACGCAUGUUCCUACGGCCGUCCAGAAUACAUGAAAUCAUCACACUCUCCAUUGGCAUUGUUGUGCUGAUAAUAUCGUUUUGUUUGGUUUACAUCAUUAGCAGUCGCUCGGAAGUGCUUUUCGAAGGCGCAACGACAAGUUCCGAUGCGUUAACCGCUCCAACUGCUUGUUAAUAAUAAUAAUAAUAAUAAUACAAAACAAUGUGUUGUAAACAUAAAUGACAGGACCGUCUCUCUCUAAUUAAAAUUUAAUUGGAAAUGCCAAAAUAUACAACAUACACACUCAACAACAACAACAAAACAAUAAUUGUACUGUCUACUCAUCCAAUAUCUUCAUAAUCAUCAGCCACACGAAAACCAUUCUCCACCAACACACCGUCUGUUUCAACUAACCGUUAUAAAAUAGUUCACAAUCAGCAUACACUAGAGCACUCGUUAAUUGGUAACAAAAUAUAUGUACAACUCGACACAAGCUGAUGCAAACAGAGACGCACACACUCCAGUUGCCGUACGUACUACACUUAAAGACUGCUGCCAAGUUGUUACAUUUUUACCAAAAUAAAAACCACGAUACCAUAAAAUAAAGUAGUUAAACUAAGGUAAAAAAAAAACAAAAAUAAUAAAUAAAAUGAAAUUAUAAAUACAAUCCGUAAAUAUGCUAUUGUAGUAGUACUGCAGACACGAGUUUAAGGGUGUUCCUUGGAUUGAUUGCACUCGCCAUUUAAAAGCGUCUUACUAUAAAUUCUUGCUUUGCAUACAUUUUGAACUAAUUGUUUAGCGCAAACGUAAUAAGUACUAAAUUUUUAAUCAUCAAUAAUGUGGACUUUGUGUGUGUCAUAUACCCAUGCGACAUCUUCAUGCAAUUCGUUUUGUAAUCUCAUUUUUUAACUCAAUAACACAUUGGUACAUACUAAUAUAUGCUAUAAAAGACAAGUUGAUAUUCAAUUUCAUUACUAAUUAACUUUGUAUUACUCAAUAUGUUUCCAGAUAUUCGUAUAGUGCAUUAUAGUUAAGCAAUCGCAGUAUUGGCAAAUAAUUGUGUAUGAAUAUUAAAAAAAUUAAUCAAAUAAAUUUUAACGAUACUCUGGUUUACUUAUAAAUUGUAAAGUUUACUUAUAGCAAUUACUUUCUUAUUUUUCAAAUAAAUUAUAUAUUUCUAAAUUUACUAUUCUAUAGACAGUAAGUCAAAGUUAUAUACUAUUUUUUGUAUAUAUAUAAAUAUAAGAAAAACAAAAAUAUCGUAAUUAUAAGUGCUUUAUGGAAAAAAAAAUUAUUUUUAUUCAGCGAAUGUUACGAAAGUGUCAUUCAUUUAUUUAUAAAUGCGUGUAAAAACGUAAUUUCGCAGAAACAAACGCAGUUUGUCAAGUAAGUUUCGAGUGUGUUUUUGAAAUUCUUUUGAAAUGCAUUAAUGCAAAUAUGUAUGUUUCUUGUAUGAACAAUAAUAUUGUAUACAGACAUUUACUAGAAUACAUAAUAAAGUCAAAAUAUUAAUAA